AUGUUCGCGCUAAUGGAUAUGUCGUCUUCUUCGGAUGAUGAAGACUCUUUGAGCAUCCUAGACAUGUCUGUUAAAAAAAACGAGCUUCGUUCUAACAUCAACAUUAUCAAUAUGCCAAAUAAUGAAUUUCUGAAGAAUUUUCGAAUGAACAAGGAGACAUUUUUAUAUAUUUUAGGCGAGAUAACACCCUAUCUAAAAGAAACUUACCGUGUGACAGCUAUAACAAAAGAAGCAAAACUGGCUACAACAAUACGGUUUUUUUCAACUGGAAGUUAUCAAAAAGGGAUUGGGAACGAGAUUAUAGCAUCUCUUUCACAGUCCAAGGUUAGUGAAGUAAUCACUGAAUGUUUAGCCGCUAUGGAAAAAUCGCUUUGUCCAAACUGGAUAAAGUUCAAUCUUACGGCCGAAGAGGAGAUGAACAGCAAAAUUCAAUUUCUUGAAAAAUUUGAUUUUCCGGGUGUAAUUGGCUGCGUCGAUGGGACGCAUGUUAGAAUAAAACCUCCAAAAGAAGAUGUGAAACAUCUUUAUUACAAUAGGAAAGGCUUUUAUAGUUUGAAUGUUAUGUUGGUGUGUGAUUCUAACCAAAUUAUUACAUUUGUGGACUCUCGACAUCCAGGUGCCAAUCAUGACGCAUUUAUUUGGUCUUCUAGUGUAGUAGAUGAGUAUUUGAAAACCUCAUAUUUGAAUGGUAAAUCCAACACAUGGCUUCUAGGUAUGUAUUAA